AUGGAGGCCGUAAUGGAAAUGAUCAAACAGCAGUUUGCUGAGCAAGAAAGUCGAAUGUUGAGAGAAAAGCAAGAGGAAGAGGAACGUCGUCAGAAAGAAAAACAAGAGGAAGAGAAUCGUCGACAGAAAGAUGAAGAACGACGGCAGAAAGAAGAGGAACGACGUGAAAUAGAAAAACAAGAGGAGAAAGAACAAAGAGAACAACAAGAAAUAUUCCUUGAACAGAUUUUUCAGAAAACCGAAGGAAUAAUUGUAUGCCUAAAGGAAGAAAUCAGUGCGGUACGAGAAGAUGUAAAGGAAGAAAUCGAUAUAGUUUGGAAAACGGUGAAAGGAAUGGAGGGAAAAAUAACACAAGAAUUCGAAGCGGUGUCAGCAGCCAAUGGAUGGAGCGAUCAGGAAAAGGCUACUGCACUCAUAGUGGCUUUGAGAGGACUUGCACUUGCAAUACUGCAGACUAUUUCAGAUGACCAACAUCGCAAGUAUGGUGAUCUCAUCGCGACUUUAGAGUUGAGGUAUGGUAAUCAAUAUCGGGAACAACUCUAUAGGACACAGCUUAAAACACGAAUACAGAAAUCUAAUGAGAGCCUGCAGGAAUUUGAAGCCGGCGUUCAAAGUCUGAUCCAGCUCGCCUAUCCAGAGGCCCCGGAAGGUUUCAAAGAACAACUGGCGGUGCAAACAUUCAUUGAUGGCUUGAAAGACAUCGAAAUACAGAGGACUUUGAGAUUGACAAGUUUUAAAAGAUGUAGUGAAGCCCUAGUUCGCUCAUUGGAAGUGGAAGCGGCCUUCAAUAUCUCUGCAAGGCCCAAAAUGGGAACGGUAUCAAUCGAAGAGUCGCCUCAGGAAGAUAAUCUGAGCAGGAGUAUAUCACAGGUGCUCAAAAUAUUAGAGAAAAUGGAAUCCAGAUACAGUAGUGUCGCCAGCCAACCAAGAAGAAAUUGCUUCAGAUGUGGGAGGAGCGGACAUUUCAAGAGGGACUGCAGGGUACCAGGAAAACUUAAAUUAGCUAGCAUAUCGGGGCGCAUGCUGGCUAGUGAUAACGAAGCCCCCAGGAUCAUCCAAGUCAAUAGGAUUAGAAGAACUACCGAGAGUCUGACCAUCAGAGGAAAGGUGAACCAAAAAGACGUAAUUUGCACUGUAGACACUGGUGCAUCAGUAUCCCUGGUCCGCAGCGGUAUCCUUGAACCAAGCACAGUAAGACCACCAACAUCCAAUUUCGUUCUACGAACAGUCACGGGAGAGAAUGCACCGAUUCGAGACCACGUUCAAAAGCCUGUAAACAUUGCCAGCGUAUUGAACGCCAUGAAGAAGUUGCCGAUGUAA